GAAGUACAAAUAAUAUGACAGUAUCAGGAUAUCAGAAUAGCUGUAUAAGAAACUUUUUAAGUUAUUAAUGCAUCAAGUCCAAUGAAUGUAGCUCGAGUGAUCCUUGCUUUAGUAUUCUGCACUAUUUUUACUCUGUCAUGUUUCACAAAUAAGUAUGUCCUGUCUGUCUUGAAAUUUACAUUUCCAACCAUUUUUCAGGGGUGGCAAACCUUAACAGGAGCUCUAUUGCUACUGGUUAUCUGGAAACUGGGUUUGGUGGAAAUCAAUGGGUUAUCCAGAUCUGCGGUGUUUUCCCAUCUUCCUGGGUCUUUCUUAUUUAUUGGAAACAUUUAUGCUGGGUCCAAAGCAUUGUCACUUUUGCCCAUUCCUUUCUUCUUUGUGUUACAAAAUGUGUCAGAGAUCUUUCCGUUUCUCACUGCAAUCAUUACUCAAAGAGAGAAGGAAGCCUCAUGGAUGAAAGUAUUAAGUGUUUUUAUGUUGCUGGGUUCUGCUACCAGCCUGAUUUUCUACAAUCCUCGGUUUGGUCCCACACAUGGUGGCUACACAUGGGCAUUCAUUCAUCUAUUCUGUGUUGGCACUUAUAAAAUCUUCCAGAAGAACACAAAGACCAGCCACCUUAGUGAUUUGGAAGAGCAGUUCAUUAACUAUGUGAUCAGUGCAUUUUUACUCGCAUCCCUUGCACACACAACAGGGGAUCUCUCUGGUGCCUUGGAUUUUCCUCUUCUGACCUCAUACAGCUUUCAGACUGGCUGCUUGGGCAGUGCUAUAUUUGGCUUUCUUCUGAUGCUGGUGACGGUGAAGUUGAGGAGCGGUUUACCUCAGGAACACUGUGGGCUGUUGUUCUUCCUGGCCAAGGUAUUGGCUUCAGGUCUUUCCUCAUUUGUUACCACAUUCAACACUGUGGUGGUCAGUCCUGCAACAUUAUUCUGCAUCAUCUUGAACUACACCGGCGAGGCCUUGUUUCUGUAUUCUGAUAGACUUCAAUAAGAUUGCGAGAAGAAAGCAUUCAGUGCCUUUAAAGAUUCAUCCAUCAGUCUCUUUAUUCUGAACUCUUUCAUCUGUAAACUUGACAGUACACGGACCAAAAAUGACCAAAAUAUAUGCAGUUCUCGCCUUAUGAGAUUCUUAUAUUCCUCAAAAAAUCCUAAAAUUAUAAUAAGAUUCAUAGAGCUUGUCAGUGCUGUAUGU